CUGUAGUGCCAGGCCAGGCCGAAAUACCAUGACGUUUGGUCUUGGUUUCCCACGCGUUUCUGCUGUUGUUCUCUCCAGAGACCUCGUGUGGUUUGAUUAUUGUUUUCUCCCAUCUGCCUGACCUCCCUCCAUCUUUUCUGCAUUUGUUUGUUUGUCGCUCCUACUCCUACCCAACCUACAACUGGGGGUCUUCUACACCCUUUUUGAGAAACCACCACCAUGCCGGGCACGAUUGCCGAGGGACCAAGUGUCUCUUGUUCAUUCGCGAACAAUUUCUGGGGCAAAGAUGACGCCGGCGUGCCGCCCAUGCUGGACCGGAUGCACAACGCAAAGGUCACUUGUGAUGAAUUAAAGGCCUUCUACACUGCCCGUGCCUCGAUCGAAGAAGAGUACGCCAAAAAGCUCCUAGCCCUCUGCCGAAAACCGCUGGGAUCGUGCGAGACAGGGACUCUGCGCGAGUCGUUUGACUCGGUACGCACAGAAACAGAGGCCAUCGCCAAGGCCCACUCGGCGAUUGCUUCACAGAUAAAGAUCGAGCUGGAGGAGCCCUUGGCUGCAUUUGCAGGCGGUAUCAAGGAGAGGCGGAAGAUCGUACAGAACGGCAUCGAGCGGCUACUUAAGACUAAGAUCCAGCAAACACAGGCUGUCAACAAGGCGCGAGAUCGCUACGAGCAAGAUUGCCUACGGAUCAAGGGUUAUCUUGCACAAGGCCACAUGGUCAUGGGCCAGGAAGAACGCAGGAACAAAGCAAAGCUCGAGAAGACACAGGCCCAGCUCGCGUCCAAUAGCACGGACUACGAGGCGGCUAUCAAGAUCCUUGAAGAUACCACCGGCCGCUGGAAUAAAGAGUGGAAAUCGGCCUGCGAUAAAUUCCAAGAUCUGGAAGAGGAACGACUAGAUUUCACAAAGAGCAGUCUCUGGACCUACGCAAAUAUCGCAUCAACAGUCUGUGUGAGCGAUGAUGCUUCAUGCGAGAAGAUCCGGCUCUCGCUAGAGAACUGCGAGGUUGAAAGGGAUAUUGUCAUCUUCAUCAAGGAAGCCGGCACGGGCCAAGAAAUACCUGAUGCGCCAAAAUUCAUCAAUUUCUGCCGUGGCGAUCUGAACGACAGCAGUUCCGAGAUCUCAGAGGAGGAUGGCUACUCUGUUGCCCAGUUCCAGCGAACGAUCAACCCUGCCUUCCGCAGCUCCUCUCCACAGCCAUCCACUUAUGAAUCUCACCAUGACCCAGAUUGUGAUCUUGCCGCCAAAAUGAACUAUGGUGGUGUGUCGGCGCCAUCAAUCAGGGAGGCUACAGUCACUCCGCAGAAGCCUCCCAUGCCACCUCAACAACCAGUGGAAGAACAGCCGCCCCAGCAGUCAUUUCAACAACCGCGACAGCAACAGUACCAGAAACCAUUGAAAAUGCUACCCCAACAGCAGCCCUUGCAACAGCAGCCCCCGCAGCAGCCGAAGCAGCCGCCUCAGAUGCAACAGGCACCGCAAAUGCAGCAAGAACCUCGAAUGCAACAACCGCCUCAGAUGCAGCAAGAACCUCGAAUGCAACAACCACCUCAAACGCAGCAGGCGCCUCAAUUGCAGCAGGUCCAGCAGCCUCUUCCAUUGGACCUUCGUCGUGGCGGUCAGCCCCCCCCGAACUACGAUCCAAACCAGCAUGGCGAAAUCGGUCGUGUGCCCCAUAACGCUUACCCAACCGAUGGCAUGACAAUGUUCUGCCGUACGGGACCCCCCUCUGAGCGCAGCUCGGGGACCAGUGCAUACCGACCCUCCAGCCGUGAUUCGCAGAGCGAAUGUUCCAAUCCCACCUCUGUCUCUAGCCAGGAGGCUGUCACUGCAAAGCCUUCGCCUGCUAAAUCUAGUCCCACUAAGCCUACCAACGGCGUGGCGCUGCCUGGGAUGAAUGAAGAGAGACAAGUCCAGAAACGACGAAGCGCCUUUUUCAGCAACAGCCCCUUCAGGCGGAAGAGUCGACACGACAAGGAUCGACAGGCCACUGGAUCAUCAUCCCGGAGCGGCUUUGAUUCCAAGCAGAGCAGCCCCGUCAAACCUGCGGCUGUCCAACCGCCGGUCCUUGAUCAGGGCGGGUCCGCCAGUCCUGAGCCCGUGGAUCCCCGCGCGAACUUCCAGCUCAAUGUUGGCAAUAACGUGUUCGAUGUGGCAUCGCCCGAAGCGGACAGGGCCAAGAAGGCUGCUCCAAAGACAAAAGGUGGUGAAGGAGAUCUUGACCCCAUCGCUCGUGCGUUGGCGGAUCUGAAGGGACCUGGGAAGCAACCAAGUACCCGGGUCUCGGCGGACCGGUAUCACGGUAUCGCUACGCCUGUUCCUUCGGCUCCUAGUUCAACUUAUGGCUCGACUUCGGUCGCAACCCCCCCCCCUGCUUAUGAUAGCUCUUCUCUCAAGCGCCUGGAUGCGCCACAGCCCGCCUUCACGUCGGCACAGAUGCAGAAGACCACCCGAAAAUAUGUCGACCAGACACAGAACAUGUUCCGCACGAGCAAUCCCUCUUCUUCCUCUUCUUCUUCUUCUCGGCCGGCCACUCGGGGUGGUGAGCCGCCCCAGGAGGUUCCCCGUGCCAGGUCCCCAGCGCCGGUCACCAGAUCUCCAGUUCCCCGUGCCCGAUCCCCGGCACCUGCUCCCAGAUCUCCUGUUCCCCAUACUAGAUCGCCAGCACCUGCUUCCAGAUCCCCAGCACCCGCUACCAGGUCUCCGGCUCCCCGUGCCCGAUCCCCAGCUCCCCCGCGCAGUGUCAGUCCCCAGGUAGCCCCUCGCGUGGAUACCCGAAUGAGUCAGUAUAGCAGGGGGGCGAGUCCAAGCCCGUCGACAUAUCAGACCAACAGUCUCAACAGUCGCUAUGCCCAGUCUCCCACCAUGGCCCCCGCUUCCCCUCGGACCAGCGAUGUGGGCUAUUCACCUCAAGAGUAUCCGAAACGAGGGUCGCAGAGCAGCUACACACGAAACGCAUCUCCGCAGCCACAGUUCAGGCAGCAGGCGCGGCCCUCUAGUGCAGGCGGAAUGGAGCUGCAGCUAUCCGGCAACCACAUGGACAUGUAUGACAGCGGGGGCCGUCAGGAUCGAUACGGCUCACGGUCGUCCAGAGAUGGCCGGCCCGCCUCCUCGUACUAUGGCAGCCAUUCAGAUGCGGGCAGUCAAGGCCGCGCGCGGAGCCGGACUCUGACCGUGGCCGAUCCCAACAGACAGUAUAGCCGUGAUGGACGCGCCGUUCUUCAUUUCGCCCGUGCUAUGUACAGCUAUACCGCUGCCAUUCCCGAAGAGCUUGGCUUCUCCAAGGGCGACGUCUUGGCCGUCAUCCGCUUACAGGACGAUGGCUGGUGGGAAGCCGAAGUGACUUCGACGCGCGGUCACCCUGGUCUGGUACCCAGCAACUACUUACAGAUCAUCUAGAUACCCCUUCUUCUUCAGAGCUUUGAUUUGUUGUUUUGUACAUACCUUCUGGUGUGAUGUGGUUUAUGUCCUACUACCGUUCUCCUAAUAUUUGAUGCAACCUGUUUCUUUCAGUCUAUACCUGGAAUUGUUUAUCUCCUUGUGCUUCUGCUUUUCAAAUUGGAAACAUUCUUCACUUUAUUUUGCCUUGUUCAUGACCCCUCUUUCUGCCUUGUUUAUGAUCCUAUGCCAUGUCCCUAUUUUCUAUGUCUGACUAUGCCCUCUAUGAAUCUGGAUUUCUUAUCUAUCCUGCUCAUGACUUAAUAUGAAAGUACCAUACAU